AUGUCCAAGGCUGAAACAUGGGACCGAGCCAUCUGCUACUCCUCCUUCGGCGCCUUGUUUCCGUAUAGACAAGAUCAGACAGACGUCACCUGUACCCUCUGCCUUGCUACUCUUGUGACGCCUCGAGUCGUCUCAGCUGCACAGGGGAAACCAGGCGGAGGGCCAUGGAAACGGGAGAGUUUUGGCCUUGGCCACCCCCCAAAAGGGCUGACGAGAGAGAGAGAGAGAGAGAGAGAGAGAGAAAGGAGCAAGACUUGGUUACCAUGCUUACUCCCUUACUUGCUCCUUCACGCCCUCACUCGGGGAAUGAUCGACUUGCUCGUACCGGGGUGGAGCGCUGUACCCCUGGUGCUCUCCGAUAGCCGUCAAUGCCUGGUAGCCGUUUAUGCCUUAUAUCGCGGGUAUACAAGCUCUUCCUGGGUCCAUCAUUUCCCCAAACUUGAUGAUGCAUUGCACUGCCCAACGCUAGAAAUCGCCAUCCUGGUUCCUGCUUGUCCAUGGGUCGCGCGUCUCCUGGUCUUUUUUCCAACGCUUGCUACAGGUGCUCCUAUCACUCCAGUUAGCGCCACCAUGUGCGUGAUUCUAGGACCCUGGAGCUGUUCCAUCCCUCGGCGUUGUGUACUGUUUAGCGGUGUGACAUUCGGCUGCCCCAUGUCCCGGGGACAACCUGGUUCCAUCUUUGGGCUGUGCGCCAGUCACGAGUGCGAGCACUGCCCAUCACGCAUGUCCCAGGCACGGCACUCAUCCCCUAUCGCUCAAUGCCUCAACAAUGCAUCUCUUCCCACGGCCACCGCACAGCUCAACGCCAUAACAACACCUCAUCAACGUAAAAUGAAGUACAUGGAAAAACUCGCUAAAAACUACCUAUCCCGCCCUGGCUCCUGCCAUGUCCUCUUCCCACUACCAAGCAAAAUCGUACACAUUCAAAUCCCAUGCACAAGCCAGCCAUGA